AUGAAAAAAGGAAAAUCCCGGUUAUUUUUUAACACUAAUCUUAAGUAUGGAACAAUUGCCGUGGUUGGAAUUGGUAAAGAAGAAUUAGAUGAUAAAGAAAAUAGUGAUGGAAUUGAUGCUAAAAAAGAAAAUAUUCGCAUCGCAACAGCUAAUGGUUGUCGUAGUCUUGUAGAUUGUGGUAUCCAAAAUAUAUUUGUAUCUGCUAUGAAUGAUUCAGAAAGUGCCGCUGAAGGUUCUAUGUUGGGAACUUGGAAAUUUCAAGAGUAUAAGAACAAAAAAGAUGAAAUUCCAAAAAUAUCAUUAUUUGAAGAUACAUACAGCGAUGGGUGGUGUCGGGGAAUAAUUAAAUCGAAUGCUCAAAAUUGGUCAAGAAAGCUUACUGAAUCUGCUUCUAAUCAUAUGACUCCAACUGUGUUCUCUAAAGAAGUUCAAGAUGUACUUGGAAAACUUGGUGUUAAUGUAAUAGUACGGGACAAAUGUUGGGCUGAAGAAAAAAAAAUGGGAGGCCUGUUAAAUGUUGCAAAAGGCAGUAUACAACCUUUAUCAUUUUUGGAAAUCAAUUAUUCAGGUGGACCCAAAAACGACAAACCUGUAGUUUUAGUUGGCAAAGGAGUAACAUUUGAUAGUGGAGGCAUUUCAAUCAAACCAUCAGCAGCUAUGGGUGAAAUGCGAGCUGAUAUGAUGGGUGCUGCAAAUGUAGUAGCUGCCAUCUCUGCAAUUGCCGAACUAAAACUCCCAAUUAAUGUGAUAGGUCUGACUCCAUUAUGUGAAAAUAUGCCCAGCAGUAGUGCACUAAAGCCGGGAGAUGUUAUUGUUGCCAUGAACGGUAAAUCUAUACAAGUAGACAAUACAGAUGCUGAAGGUAGGCUUAUACUUGCUGAUGCUCUCUGUUAUGCAGCUACGUUCAAGCCAAAAAUCACUAUAGAUCUUGCUACUCUAACAGGUGCUAUGGUGGUGGCCAUUGGAGAAGCUGCUACUGGAGUGUUCAGUUCAUCUAACAUACCAUGGGCUGCCAUAGAGUCAGCUGGCUACUACACGGGUGACAGAAUGUGGCGAUUUCCCUUAUGGAACUAUUAUUCUUCAUUAAUAAAUGGUUAUUCUGGUUUUGAUUUGGACAACAUUGGGAAAGGAAAAGGUGGUGGUGCCUGUACAGCUGCAGCAUUUUUAAAGGAAUUUGCUCCACCCGGUGAUUGGAUUCACAUGGACAUUGCUGGAGUAAUGAAAUCCAAUGGAACAGAUAAUUUGUACAUAUCCAGUGGUAUGUCUGGCAAACCUACAAGAGCUUUAGUACAGUUCAUUUCAAAUUUGUCAGAAAAAAUUUAA